AGUGUAGAAGAGAGUGUAGCAGUAGCAGUAGCAGGUUUGGUGUUGAGUGUUUCUCAUUAUGGCGCCCGCGACUGUGACUGUGACUGUGACUGUGAGCUCAGCUUCACUGCUUCCUCAUUUCCCAUUUCUUCCACGUGCGUCUCGCGUUUUCUUUUCUCACGUGUCGUUCACGUGCCCCCGUCCUUUAAUAUCUCCUCCUCCGCUCGCCGCUCCCCAAUCCCGCCGCCGUACCUCAGCUAUGUCAAUCGGCGAUUCGCUUCAGCAGCCGACGCCUCUCCCCCCGCUUCCCCCCGAUACAUUGCCUUUCGAGCUCAAAGAUGACUCCGAUUUCGAUCGGAUCGUCUCCCCUGACGGGCUAGUUUCUAUAUGCGGCUUUGGUUCUCUUCUCUCUGAGAGGAGUGCAAGGAGUACGUUUCCGGAUUUGAUAAACUUUAGAGUCGCCAAAUUGAAUGGAUUUCGGAGAGUGUUUGCUCAUGUUGCUCCUAUUUUCUUCGAGAGAGGCAUAGCUAAGCCUGAAACCAAGGAGAUAUCGAGCUUGAGUGUGGAACCUUGUGAAAAUGAAACUCUUGUAGUUACCACUUUUGAGAUACAGAGAUCUGAGAUACCAUCUUUUAUUGAAAGGGAGCAUGAAUUCCGGUUUUUGGCAGUGAUACCAGAAACAUUUAAUGGGUUGCUUUACACAACUCCAUCGGUACUAUGUGCACGUUAUAGUGAUGAAGAGUACUUUCUGAACAGAUGUAAAGGAAGUAAAGAAAUCUUCUUUCAACGUUAUGGACGUUAUGGCGUUGACAAAAUUUGGGUGGAUGAUAUCCUACCAUGUCGUGUUUAUCUGCGGCAUUGCGUAUUGGCAGCAAAGAACCUUAGUGAAACGGCCUACGACAACUUCCUCGAUCAUACAUUUCUUGGAGAUCGUAAGACAACCAUCCGCGAGUACUUAGCUACUACAGGUUCAGGUAUAAUGGAAGAGGAGCCUCCGGAAGAGCUAAAAUACCGUUAUGGUGGUUGAUACGAACUUACUCUUAAACGUACUUGGUACAACUCUAUGCUCAACAUACUCUUGGGCAAAAUGAGAAACUUGAAGAUCAUUAAUCUCUUCAUUUUCAUAGCUUCAGAUUGGACCAGAUUUAGCAUAAAAUAUCAUGAUUCUUGCAACUAGGUUGACUGAUAAGUCUGUCUGAGUUCACCCUUUGUGAACAUCUCAGCAGAAUAUAUAGGAUUGUAUCAACUGUUGAAAAGACUUGCUUACCCAGCUCUGUUUCUCA